UUUUGUUUGAUUAAUUAUGCGACAAACAAUGGAGGCCUGGAGUUUGGUCUAUACCUAGCCAGGAUCAAUAUCUGACGCUCUGAACCGGAGCCUCGUUCUAUCUGAUGCUGGUCGCGUUCAGUUCGGGUGCGCCAGGGAGGUAGAGUGCGGCCCAACGCUGUUGUAUAAUUAAUGUGGAUAGAACAUGUCGCAUUGUGACAGUUAUUGAUAAUAGAACGAGAGCAUUCGUGGCUUAGUUGUUUCCAGUUCAAGCUAGUAAAGUGAACACAAAGAUUUAUUCUAGUACCAUCGUCACUUUAUCGAAAUGGCACAGAGAGAGCAAAUCAAACUUUCAGACGAACAAGUUGCAGAGUUCCGAGAGGCCUUCAACCUUUUUGACAAAGAUGGUGACGGAAGUAUAACAACAAUGGAGUUGGGAACGGUCAUGCGCAGUCUGGGCCAGAAUCCCACAGAGGGCGAACUGCAGGACAUGAUCAACGAAGUAGACUAUGAUGAAAGUGGUACGAUCGAUUUCGACGAGUUUCUUCAAAUGAUGGCGCGGAAAAUGCGAGAUACUGACACGACAGAGGAACUGAAGGAAGCCUUCAAGGUGUUCGACAAGGACGGCAAUGGGUUCAUCAGCGCUUCCGAGCUACGUCACGUGAUGAAAAGUCUCGGGGAACGUCUCACAGACGAGGAAGUGGACGAGAUGAUCAAAGAGGCGGAUCUAGACGGGGACGGACAGGUCAACUACGAAGAGUUUGUCAAAAUGAUGGCGUCUGGUAAAAAGGACGGCUAGAAUAGAAGAACCCCUUUGCUACCAAAAAAAAAGAAAAAGCCUAUUUGUAUGAGUGUCGAUAGAAGAGACUUUAUCAUUAGACUAACGAAGUUUUAGAUCAUGGAUGAAAAUGGAGGGAGACUGAGAGAACAUCACAUACCGGUACACCGCAUCUUGUUGUGAUCAAAUUUACGGUCGAAUCAAUAACUGCGCGAGUGAAUGCAAUUUAGGUUUCAUAUUUAGUAUGUGUAUUUUUUUUUUUAAUUAUAAAUGAAAUAUCAACAAACCAUACUGCUCAAUACACUGCUGGUAUCGCAAAACAUUGAUCGUAAAAGUGUUUUUCUUUUCACUUUCUAGUGUGAACAUGUUUUUGGGGAUUUUUUUUUAUCUACGUGUCAUAGUCUGUAUGAAUUUGAGACCCUUUACGUUAAAUGUAUUGUAUAUAAUUAUUCUUUCCACCACCCAAGCAUCAAUGCAUCAAUGGUAACACGAGAGUACAAUCAUCAAUUAUUCAAAGACUGGAGAAAAACAAUGAUAAAAGCAUUUAACAUUUUUCAUCACUAAGCCUUUUUGCCGCAAUAACUCAAUGACUCAGUCCCAGUGUGCUUCGUUUGUUUUCAGUUUUCGUCGAUACAGUUUGUUUUAGCAUUGUUCUAUAGACAAUAUUUUGCCUUUUAAAAUCCUUUUUAACUGUAUAUAGGAGGUAAUUUUAAAUUCUCGUGUAGCGCAUGCUAUUUCCAUAGAGAAAGAAACUACUCAAUAAGCUCUGAUAAUGAUGAUAAAUGUUAAUUAUUAGUCAGAUGUACAAUUUAUGUAUUUUCAAAGAAAAUUGUAGAACACUGUAGUUGUAUUGAAUUAUUAGACUUGAUAGUGCAAUGUUUUUAUUGAAAAAAAAAAUGAAAAAAAUCAUUAUCCAAUUUAUACAAUCAAUGUUUAUCCUAUAAGCUGUAGUGUUUUUGAUUGUUCAAACUUUUUAUCCAAAUAAAACAAAUCAAAUGAA